AUGGCGAAAUUAGACACCUUGGACGAUAUUCAGAAGCGAAUUGUCUGUGUUGAACAAGAUUUCAAACAAAUGAAAACUUCUCUUGAAUUCCCUCACGCAGAAGUCAAAGACUUGGAAGAUGAAGUUGAAAGAACCAAGAAAACAGAAAAAGAAAUCUAA